UGAGAGAAAAAAAAGUUUUUUUUUCUUUGGUCUCGUCUUCUCGUGACUCUGUCGAUCGUCUCGAACCCAACUGUCAGAAUCUUCGUCGAUUUGAUCGAUUCUUCUCAUCUCUCUCCGAUAACACGCCCUUGAUUUCACCUAAGAAGGUUAUUGUGAUUGGGAUCGAAGCUUCUGAUCAUGAACUAUCUUCUUGGAGCUUUCAAGCCGGCUUGUAAUAUUUCAAUCACAUUUACUGAUGGGAAAAAUCGUAAACAGGUACCCAUUAAGAAAGAUAAUGGACAAAUAGUUAUGAAUCCACUUUUCCAGAGUCAAGAAACUAUUGCUGGCAAGAUUAACAUUGAACCAUAUCAAGGGAAAAAGGUCGAGCAUAAUGGUGUUAAAGUUGAGCUUCUUGGUCAAAUAGAAAUGUACCAUGACAGAGGAAACUUUUAUGAUUUCACUUCCUUGGUGCGUGAGAUUGAUGUACCUGGAGAAAUAUAUGAAAGAAAGACAUACCCUUUUGAAUUUUCGAGCGUUGAGAUGCCAUAUGAGACAUUCAAUGGGGUGAAUGUGCGCCUAAGGUAUGUUCUCAAAGUAACAGUUACACGUGGCUAUGCUGGAAGUAUCGUGGAAUACCAAGACUUUGUGGUCCGUAACUAUGUUCCGCCGCCUCCAAUCAAUAACAGCAUUAAGAUGGAAGUUGGUAUUGAGGACUGCCUUCAUAUUGAGUUUGAGUACAAUAAAAGCAAGUAUCACCUAAAAGAUGUUAUCCUUGGGAAAAUAUACUUUCUUUUGGUGCGAAUCAAGAUAAAGAAUAUGGAUCUUGAGAUCAGACGGCGAGAAUCAACGGGAGCAGGAGCUAAUACUCACGUCGAGACAGAAACACUAGCUAAAUUUGAAUUAAUGGAUGGUGCUCCAGUUAGAGGCGAAUCAAUACCCGUAAGAGUUUUCUUGACACCAUAUGAUCUGACACCAACGCAUCAUAACAUAAACAACAAAUUCAGCGUAAAGUAUUAUCUGAAUCUUGUGCUGGUGGAUGAAGAGGAUCGCCGUUACUUCAAGCAGCAAGAAAUCACGUUGUACAGGCUCAAGGAAGAGACAUUGUCUUGAUGUUUACAAAAGAGAAGAGAAAAAUGAUUUUUCAGAACUUUGUAAAGCCUUUUCUUUUAAGACGUUCUCUGUAUGCAAAUUGGUUGGGACUUGUAGUGGGGAAGUUAAAUCAUCUUUGUAGUUUGUUCAACGACCCAAAUGUUGUUCUCCUUUGUUUGGAUACUUGUGACUUCUAUUGUCUUCUUCUUCUAUAAAUGUACUUUAUGCUGUCU